GGUAAGCGCACCGAUUACGGAUUUGAUUUGAAAACACGAAGCGACGCGAUGGAUCCCACCGAGAGUCCAGGAAAACCCCCAAAAUCCUAUGUGCGUCGCUCUGCUCUGUUCGAGAAUGUGGCCAACGUGACCGCCGGUGACAUGUCCUGCAGUGAUGUGUCCGACAUUGAGCUGCAGGAUGUGCCCGCUACUUUGGAAGCCACCCUCAAGCCGCGGCCCUACGAAGCCAGCACUUUGUUCAACAUCGACCUGGACGAAAUCUGGGGACCCAGCACGCAGGAGGAUGAGGUGCAGCAGUACAAGAAGCGCGCCCAGGUGGAGCAGCAGAAGUUCGUGGACUUUGUGAUGCAGGCGUAUCUGGACAUGGAUAGCCAGAAUGUGAGCUACCAGCCCAGCAAGGAGCAGCAGCGCUACCUCGAUCAGGGCCCCAAUUUGCAGAACUUCGUAAGAGGCUCCUUGGCCUUCACGAAUGCCGCCAUCCGAUUUCAGGCGGAGCACGAGGACAUGAUGGAGCUGCAGAGCAACCUGGAGGAUCAGUACCAGUUCAUGCGUAACACUAUGAUCAACAAUGCUAUUCACCAGAAUCUGGCCGGCCCACGAUGAUAACGCAUGUAUCAUGUACAUAAUUAUAAGUGAAUGCUAUGGUCCAGAAAAGUCAAGACUAAUUUAAGCUAAAAAGAGAUAAACCCUAUACUACCAAAUGGUAACCAAUUAAUCGUAAUAGUAUCUAUAUCCAUGUUAUCUAUGGAUGAACGUAAAAUUUGAAGUUACCAUUAAACUGUACAAACAUCAAAAAUGCAUCCAAUAUCAUUUUAAGCUUAAGUUCUUGGGGUCUCUGUGAUUUGAAACUUGGCUUUUGAUUCCACCAUAAAAAUUGUAGUGAUUAUUAAUCAGACAACUUGCUCUCUUCAGAUUGCCUUAUUUACUCAAAGACUAAAAUACAUUAAAGCCAUUUAGUGACGAAA